AUGCAAAACCAAGUUGUGGAUAUGCCAAGUCAGUAUUGGUUGGAUCCUAUUGCUUCCUUUGAUGUCCAAAAUACACAGGAUUCGCAGUUAGACCUUCCUAUCACACCAAAGGCGUUCAGGUUUCGUGCCUUUAUAAAGGUUGCUAAUGCACCUUUCUCAGACAGCACUGCAGAUCAACUGUUGUUUGCCUUCUACUUGAAGCAUAUGAAGCCCCAGUUCGAGACUUGGGGUGCGAGCAAGAUUGUAGUUGUGAAGGUUACUGGGCCAUUCGAGACUGAAAGCUUCCCUAAUGCGAAGUUUAAAGUUGCGAGAGGAUCUGCAUGUCAAGCCUGCGAAUUCACUCUCGCAGAUCUGCCUUGCUUAAAUCCCCAUGACUGGAUGGUGAUAUUCAAUAUUUUGUUAAGAGAAAAGGAGAAGUACGAGCCUGUGUUUUCUCAUCUUCAACUUUUCAUCAGUUCUUACAUUUAG